UCCUUAUCCCAAAACAACAUGGCGGUCAACCGGUGUUGUUGGGACUUGAACACUUCUCGAACUUUAAACAUGAAAAGCAACUAGUUUUCUUGUUUAGAAAACAAACUUGUUUAGUCCAAAAAGUAUGAGGUUUCCAAUUUUCCCAUAACGAGCUUAUUUUUAUGAUUUAACACAAUAGAAUGUAAGAAAAAAGCAGUUUUUUAUCGACAUCUUGGUGACAAAAUUUAUGCCCAGAACAGAAGGAGUCUUAGUUUUAAAAACCCUUUAGUUUUAAAAAGAUGGAUAAAAAGAGAAGUCGAAAAUCCAUAAGGAUUAAGAUAAUAAGCAUGGGCAACGCUGAAACUGGAAAGAGUUGUUUAAUCAAGCGAUAUUGUGAAAAGAGAUUUGUGAGCAAAUACAUGACUACGAUAGGAAUAGACUAUGGAGUUACUAAGGUGGUUGUUAAUGAUAAGGACAUCAAAGUUAAUAUAUUUGACAUGGCUGGUCACCCAGUUUUCUAUGAGGUGCGCAAUGAAUUUUACAAAGAUACCCAGGGUGCUUUGCUGGUCUAUGAUGUGACAAAUAGAGAAAGUUUUGAGUCACUUGAGAUAUGGUUGGAUGAAAUAAAGAAAGAGAUUGGUGACCCUAGUGAAGUGAAUAGAAUUGUCUUYGUUGUUUGUGCUAACAAGGUUGACAGUAGAAAUAGAGAAGUAGACGAGGCUGAAGGGCGCCUAUGGGCAGAUGCUCAUGGAUUCUUUUAUUUUGAGACAUCAGCACAAACAGGAGAGGGGACAUCAGAAAUGUUCCAGACGUUAUUUUCUGGAGUAGUCAAAGCACUAGAGAAUGGUGGUAGACCAGUGAAGCUCGAUAUGACCACAAACCUGGGAUAUACCAAAGAGCAGGCGGAGGCAAUACAAAGGCUUAGGAAUGCUAAAGGAGAUUAUGAACGCCUUGGCAUCCCAGUCGGAGCAUCAAGAGAUGAAAUAAAUCGCGCGUACAAGAAACUAGCGGUUCUUCUUCACCCAGAUAAAAGUGUUGCUCCUGGAACAGAGGAAGCCUUCAAAGAGCUAGUGGCGGCGAGAGCUUCUUUACUACAGAAACACAGAUACAGUAGCUAGGUAUCUAUCCAUACACUAUAGAUUCUUUGCACUAUAACACCGCGAUGGCAGCCAUGACAGGAGGCAGGGACAAUUAAAUCUGGUCUAAUCUGAUUUACGUGGGAAAAAAUUUAGUUUCGUACGGGAAAAACACUAUGGUUGUACUUCAUGUCACAACUGCCAUCACGUGAUGAUGCAAAUACUCAACUACAUAUAUAGCUUAAAUCCAAAUCAUUUAUUCCUUCAUACAUAUAUUUAUAUUAAUAUCAUAACUAACUUAUAUGGAACGUCAUUCCCGCUAUUGACCAAACGAUAAUUUGGCCACCAUGUCUUUCGUCACUUCCGGCGUUCCCUUGGAGGAACGAUAUUUUAGCAUUUCAAAGAUCCGACAUUUUCUAAAUUCCGAGUCGUCGUAUUAUCAAAACAUUAGGGCAACCCUCAACUUGAAACAAGUAUUUCAGGUUUUUUUCAGGGAAGGGAAGGGGAAUUUUAAGCACGACCAGAAAGGUCACGUGACCGGGUAUCGUAUUUCGGCUUAUCACGUGGGUGCGCGUGAGAGGGACCAUUUUGUAAAUUGCGGUCAACAUAAAGUGCUUUUUAUCUUCAAAUCAUUCUCCUUCGGAUCGGCUUUUUCGAUAUAGCUGAUAUCUUGAAGGAGAAAUUGUAACUUAUAUAUAUUUUAUAUUAUAAAAUAUUAUUUUAUAGUAUAUUUCAUACUAGUUUUAUUGCGUAUUUUAUGUGCAAGAGUAUUCAGAAGAUCCGCUUGGUGUAGAUUUAUAUUGGCAAAGAGAAAAAGCAUAUGCAAACGACCCACAGCCCUCUGGGUAAAGUCCUUACAUCUAUCAGUAUAUUUUAAACUAGUUUUAUUGCUGUAUUAUGUGCACAAGUAUUCAGUCAAUCCCCCUGGAGUAGAUUUAUAUUGCAUAUUACAUAUUUACAUAUUGCAUAUGCGAAACAGCAAACGGCCAACUGGGCAAAUUACUUACACCUAUCAGUGUAUUUUAAACUAGUUUAUUGCUGUAAUAUGUGCAAAAGUAUUCAGUCAAUCCGCCUGGAGUACAUUUACAUUGCAUAUUACAUAUUUACAUAUUGCAUAUGCGAACCAGUGAACGGCCAACUGGGCAAAUUACUUACAUCUAUCAGUAUAUUUUAAACUAGUUUUAUUGCUGUAUUAUGUGCAAAAGUAUUCAGUCAGUCCGUCUGGAGUACAUUUAUAUUGCAUAUUACAUAUUUACAUAUUGCAUAUGCGAACCAGCAAACGGCCAACUGGGCAAAUUACUUAUAUAGUGUGACAUGCAUGCAUAUCGCUAGAUGGACAUUAAAACUAAGUAUUGCAAUGAGCCUGUACCUGGGUUUUUAUAAUAAACAAAGAUAUUUCGUUAAAAAAAACGCAACUUUUUUGUAUUUAAUAUAAUUCUAACUCAAAAAUGCAUUAUGAUAUUUUGAUUGCCGGGUUUUCCGAUUCUUUCAAAAGUGACAUUUCAUAACAUACUUAGCGGCUGCUUUCAUUGCUCUUAAAGCAUGAUCGAAACCGAUGGAAUGGAUUAUACGGCAUGCGUGGAUCGAAUAGGCAAGUCCUCUGUCGCGAUCCCAGAUGCCUUUGCGCCAUCCAACUCUUCCCAGUCUCCCGCUAUUUUCGAAGGUCGUUUUGUUUGCGUCAUCUUGG